CUUAUUUAUGACGUAAUCUCGACUCUGCACAGCUGUCGGAGACCGACCUCGAGCACUUCGUCGCUCCUGCUCGUCACCCUCUCUCUCUCUAGAAACUGCCCUCUCCCUCUCUCUCUCAACUCGUUUAUACGAAAUUUUGGUGUGAAUGACAGCUGGCCAUUCUUCCUCCUUUUAUAGGCUGCUGGUCACAAAACCCGGUCUAAAUACCCGGUCGGGUAUUUCGGGUUAGUGGCCGGGUAUUUAUUAAAAAAUACUAAAGGUUAGGUCACGGUCGGCCAGCCAAAAUACCCGGUCUGACCUAACUUAAUACCCGGUUGGGUAUUUUUAAGGGAAAACUCGGUCUGACCUAACAAAACCCCCGGUCGGGUUUUACAGAAAUAACCGGUCGGGUAUUUCCAAAAUAACCCGGUCGGUUUUAUGGUAGGGUAUUUUCUCCAGCCUACUUUGAAUUAACUUAUCUCACUCGUUUGGACUCGGAAUUAAGAUCCGUAAAAUUCUACGUGAUCGUAGAAGAAUUUUCUAAAUUGUGGAAUCAAGAUUUGUCCUCAAUUUCUGAUACAUCUUUCCAGAAUACUUCGUCAUUCCUAAACCAUUCGGUGUGGCCGCAAUUUCUAUGGUUGAAAUUCUUGAUUCCUCAUCAAACCGAAUCGAUAUAAAAGUUGCCCGAGGUUUGGGAUGUUACAGUUAUGGAACAAGACAACAAUGAAAUUCCUCCUCCUGUACCACCAGUGGAACAAAAUCAACAUCAUCAAGAAGUGCCACUUAGGAGAUCCACUAGAGAAAGAAGAAGUGCGAUUCCGGAUGAUUAUGUCGUCUUUCUUCAAGAACAUGAGGAUGACAUAGGCUUAAUGGAGGAUGAUCCUAUCAACCUCGCUCAAGCCAUGCGCAGUUCUAACUCUGAACAGUGGAAUAGUGCCAUGAAAGAAGAGAUGAAGUCCAUGUAUGACAAUGACGUUUGGGAUGUCGUUGAAUGCCCUGAAGGAGUAGUUCCGAUUGGUAAUAAAUGGAUAUUUAAAACCAAAAGGGACUCUAAGGGUAAGAUUGAGAGAUUUAGAUCACGUCUAGUUGCUCAGGCCUUUACUCAAAAGGAAGGCAUUGACUACAAAGAGACUUUCUCUCCAGUGUCUGCGAAAGACUCUUUUAGGACAAUAAUGGCACUAGUGGCUCAUUUUGAUUUGGAGCUCCAUCAGAUGGACGUGAAGACUGCGUUUCUCAAUGGAGACAUUGAUGAGACUAUUUAUAUGGUUCAGCCACAAAACUUCGUUGUGGGAGAUCCAAAGAAAAUGGUCUGUAAACUUAAGAAGUCCAUCUAUGGUCUCAAACAAGCUUCCUGUCAAUGGUAUCACAAAUUUCACAAAGUUAUUAGCUCAUAUGGUUUUGAGACUAAUCUUGUUGAUGAUUGUGUAUAUCACAAGUUCAGUGGGAGUAAAUUUAUUUUCCUGGUGUUAUAUGUUAAUGACAUUCUACUCGCCAAUAGUGAUAUAGGCUUACUGCACGAAACCAAGAAAUUUCUAACAAAGAAUUUUGAAAUGAAAGAUCUUGGUGACGCCUCUUUUGUAUUGGGUAUUGAGAUACUGAGAGAUAGCUCUCGAGGUCUUCUCAAAUUAUCACAAAAGUGCUAUAUCGAUAAUGUUUUGAGUAGAUUCAACAUGAAAGAUUGUAACCCAGCAAAUACACCAGUAGCCAAAGGAGACAAGUUCAGUCUCGCUCAAUGCCCCACAAACAAUCUAGAAAGAGCGGAAAUGCAGAAGAUCCCUUAUUCAUCUGCAAUAGGGAGUCUUAUGUAUGCUCAAGUUUGUACUCGUCCCGAUAUAGCUUUCAUAGUGGGAGUACUGGGCAGAUACUCAAAGGAUCCAGGUAUGGAUCAUUGGAAGGCAGUCAAGCGUGUGAUGCGCUAUCUAAAGAGAACAAGGGAUUACAUGCUUACUUAUCAGAGAUCAGAUAGUCUGGAGGUCAUUGGGUAUUCUGACUCUGAUUUUGCUGGAUGCCAAGAUAGCAUGCGCUCUACAUUUGGCUAUAUCUUCAUGUUUGCCGGAGGGGCUAUUUCUUGGAGGUCUGCUAAGCAGCGUCUUAUAGCUCCUUCCACCAUGGCAGCAAAGUUUAUAGCUUGUUAUGAGGCAUCUAAUCAUGGAUUAUGGCUGCGAAAUUUUGUCACGGGGCUGCGUGUGGUAAACAACAUUGAGAGGCCAUUGAAGAUUUAUUGUGACAAUAAUGCAGCAGUGUUGUACUCUAAUAACAACAGGAGUUCGACAAAGUCAAAGUUUAUCGAUAUCAAGUACCUGGUUGUUAAGGAGAGGGUUCAAAAUAGACAGAUUUCUAUAGAACAUAUUAGGACUGAGUCUAUGCUAGCUGACCCAUUAACCAAAGGAUUACCGCCUACUGCAUUUUAUGAGCACACUGCUCAUAUGGGCGUUAUUCUGGAUGAUACCUUGGUUUAGUGGGAGUCAUUUCGAUUUGUUCUAUAGACAUUGAUUUGUGACUCUGCAGAAUAAAGUGAUGUUUGGUUUUUCUUCAGUUUCUGUUUUGAACCAUAAGGUGUUUAUUUAUAUUAUGCAAUUUUCUUGCAUGAAGUGUUUUUUUUUAUCUCACUAAAGUUGGACCAGUUGAAAAUAGGCAUGUUCAAGAUCACAUUACAUGUAAUUUUCAUGCCACUCAUCCAUAUUUGAUCUAUGUCAUUGAGUGUGUAAAUGUGGUGAUCAUGGUGGUUUAAUCAUUAUCAUAUCAUGAUUGAAGCCGCGUUGGUUCCACUGCUAUACAUGAGAUGGACAAGAUUGUUAAGGAAUAGUCAUUGUACAAAUAACAUUCGGACGCGCGCCUAAGGAACUUUGUGAUAUAAUUAUUUGCAUAAACCAUGCAGCCCAAGUGGGAGAUUGUUGGAAAUAUAUGUUCCACGUGAUGUGGGCUGUGGUUUAUGGAUAAUUGUAUUAGUUAUUUGUUAAAGUGGGCUAACUAUAAGUGGUCAAAUUAUGGAGCCCAAGACUACUCAAUAUCUUAUAUGGGCCCAAUGAGUGGAAACCAGAUACUAAACCUAAUUAGGGUUUUAUGGGAACCCUAGCUAAACAUAGUAUAUAAAGAACCUAGAGGUUGUGGUCCCCAAGACACCAAGACUGAAAAACACACACAUAUUCUCCCCAUCAGGAAUACGUGAGGUUUCCCGUGAGUGGACUAAGGAGGCUUGGUUGAGGAAGGCCACUAAACUUCCCGGAUCGUGCACUUGGAGGUAUCGUCCGGUUAAAGAUCGUUCUACAGAUUCCGCUUCAAGCUCACGACGAUCUACCAUCAUGAAUCAAGGUAUUUAGAUCUAUUCGCCUUUGAUAAUCUGAUAAGAUAUUUCCAUGGAAUUACGUAUUUCGAUUAAUUCCAACAGCACAUUUAUGCAUUACUUUAUUUCCUCACAAAUGUGGAGGAUUGCGUUUGGAUAUAGUUUAAUCAUCUUCAUGCAACUUUUUGACCAAGUAUUUCUUGAUUACCCUUACAUUCCGUGGAAUUGACAACUACAAUGGAUUUUAUCAAGUUAUAGUGCUCUUAUGUUGAUGCUAUUUGAGUUUUCUUUUUACGAAUAAAAUCUUAUCAUUAGCUCGACAUUUGGUUAACCUUCAAAUUAUGCUACUUAAUUCUCUCUUCAUUCUUUGAAGUUCUACAGGACACCGGCCAACGGGCCGGGCCCAAUGCUAGUGUGAUUUUAAGCUAGUGUACAAUGGAAAAAUGACACCCCUAUUAAUUAUAGGUUUUUUAUGGAAAUAAUUAUAGGUUUUUAAGGUAAUUAAUUUGUGUUGUAUUUAAUAAUCUGUAUGAAUUAAAAACACAUAUUAAUUACUUUCUUUUUUCAGUGUACUGGUAGUUUUAUCAGUGCAAUGGUAUUAGUGUACAAGUGCAAUGGUAGAUGUAUCAGUGCAAUGGUAGUUCCAAAAAAGAAACGUAAUCAAUAUGAGUUCAGUAUACAGGUGCAAUGGUAGUUGUAUCAGUGUAGUUAAAAAAAAGGAAUGCAAUUAAGAUGAGUUUUUAAUUUCCAAAGAUUAUUAAAUGCAACACAAAUUUAAUACAAAAAUAACUAUAAUUAAUAGGGGUGUCAUUUUUCCAACCCCUUAAAAGGGUUAGCAUGCUAACCGAUUCCUGAUCUUUCUUGUGAUUGACUAACCAAAUUAUUAAUAUUAGAAUUACAAAAGCAACAAAAAAAACUGUACGUAGCAUCAGAAAACUCUAUCUCUAGCUGCAAGAAUCACUCUGCCGCAGUCAGUUUUGGCGUCCCUCCCAUCCUUCCUGAUGCAGACCACAUUCCUUCCCGCCAGUGUACGGGAGCUUAUCGAUAAUAAGAUUCGCACCUUCAU